AUGUCAGAUGCACAGCCACCCGUAUGGCUGAUAACCGGCUCCUCCCAAGGCAUCGGCCUGGCGAUCACGCGCUAUGCCCUGUCGCAGAACCACACUGUGAUCGCCACGUCGCGCAACCCGGCCAGGACACGGGAGUUGGUGCGCGAAAUCGAAGCCGGCGGCGGCCACUGGCUGGCUUUGGACGUCACGGGCAACGAUGUCGAGGAGGUGGUACGCGUCGCCGAGGCACUGUACGGACGCAUCGACGUGCUGGUCAACAAUGCAGCCUACUGCGUGCUGGGUAGUGUCGAGGAGGUGCCGCAGGCCCUGUAUCGCGAGCAGAUGGAGACGAACUUCUACGGGCCCGUCAGGAUCAUGCAGGCGGUUCUGCCGGGGAUGCGGGCGAGGCGAGCAGGGUGCAUCAUCAAUGUCAGCAGUGCUACGGGAAUCAUCAGCGUGGCAGGCAACGGGGUGUAUGCGAGCAGCAAGUUUGCCUUGGAGGCGGCGAGCGAGGCGCUAGCGAUGGAAGUGCAAAGUCUGGGGAUUAGGGUGGCGGUCAUGGUGCUCGGGGCGUUCAGGACCACCUUCGGGUCCGAGGGAGCACAGGUGGUCAGGCCUGAGGGGGACUAUGGUGGGGAGCACGUGGUGAAUAAGAGGCUGGCUUGGGUGGGGAAGUUGGGCGGGAAGGCAAAGGGAGAUCCGGAGAAGGCGGCUCGCAUGAUGUUCGAGGUGGCGGUGGAGAAAGAAGACGUGAGAGACGAAGAUGGGCGAAGAUUUCUGAGGUUUGUCUUGGGAGAGGACUGCUGGAACGUGACGGAUGGGAAGCUCCGGGAAUUGAGGCGAACGUGGGACACGCAGCAGGAGUAUGCAAAGCGAACGGCUGUUGAAGAGUAG